AGCCCAUCAUCACCAACGUGCCCAAGAAAGUAUGAAAGAGCCCCGGCCCCAUACCAGAGAGCGUCCUGCCCCCUGGACACGAGCCCAGCUUCUGUCCCGAGGGCGGGGGGCUGGUCCCAUGGGGGCAAACUCAGCUGCCUUCCCAAGAGGGGCUGGUCCCAUGGGGGCAAACUCAGCUCCCUUCCCUAGAGCAUCCGGACUCCUGGGCACAAGCCCAGCUACCAUCCCGAGAGGGGUUGAACUCCAAAACAUGAGCCAGGCUUUCCUGCCAAGGCCUGGUGGCCUCUUGGGUACAACUCCAGCUCCCGUGCCAGGUGGGGCCCUGUGCUUGGGCCAGAACUGUACUCCUAGCACAAGGGGGACCCCACCUCAAGACACAAGUCAAGCUCCCUUCCCCAGGGCAGGUGGCCUCUUGGGCAUUAGCCCGAGUCCCAUCCCAAGGGGCACUGGAGCCCUGGGCCCAAACCCAGCUAUCUUCCCAAGGGCAGGUGGCCUCCUGGGUGCUAGCCCAGCUCCCACCUUGCUGGGAACUGGAGCCCUGGGCCCAAGCCCAGUUCCCCUACCAAGGGCAGGUGGGCUCCUGGGCCCAAGCCCAGUUCACACCCCAAGGGCAGGUGGGCUCCUGGGCCCAAGCCCAGUUCACACCCCAAGGGCAGGUGGGCUCCUGGGCCCAAGCCCAGUUCACACCCCAAGGGCAGGUGGGCUCCUUGGCACUAGCCCAACUUCCACCCCCAGGGGCACUGGUGCUGUGGGCCAGAACCCAGCGACUCUUCCAAGAGCAGGUGGGCUCCUGGGCCCCAGCCCCGCUCCCAUCCCUAAAGCAGGUGGCCUCCUAGGCACUAGUCCGGCUCCCAUCUCAAGGGGCACCGGAGCCCUGGGCCCCAGACCAGGUCCCGUCCCGACGGCGACCGGAGCCCUGGGCCCCAGACCAGGUCCCAUCCUGACGGCGACCGGAGCCCUGGGCCCCAGACCAGGUCCCAUCCUGACGGCGACCGGAGCCCUGGGCCCUAGACCAGGUCCCGUCCUGACGGCGACCGGAGCCCUGGGCCCCAGACCAGGUCCUGUUCCUAGGGCAGGUGGGCUCCUGGGCCUCAGCCGAGCUCCCAUCACAAGGGCAGGUGGCCUCCUGGGCCCUAGUCCGGCUCCCAUCCCAAGGGGCACUGGAGCCCUGGGCCCGGGCCCAGCUCCCAUGCCGAGGGGAACUGAAACCCUGGGCCCGGGCCCAGCUCCCAUGCCGAGGGGAACUGGAACCCUGGGCCCAGCUCCUAUGCCAAGGGGGACUGGAACCCUGGGCCCGGGCCCGGCUCCCAUGCCAAGGGGGGCUGGGGCCCUGGGCCCGGGCCCGGCUCCCAUGCCGAGGGGGACUGGAACCCUGGGCCCGGGCCCGGGCCCGGCUCCCAUGCCGAGGGGGACUGGCCUCUUCACCACUAGACGAGCUGACACCCUAUCUAUGAAUCCAUUCCCCUUUCCCAGGGAAGGAGGACCCUCAAGUGCAACCCCAGCUACCAUUGCAGGGAUUGGCUCACCCCUGGGCAUGAACCUGGCUCCCAGCGCAAGAGCUGGUGGCCUCCUAGGUAUGAGCCCAGCUCCAGUUCCAAGAACAACUGGCUCCCUGGGCAUGAACACCGCUCCCAUCACACAGGGGCCUGCCAUGCUGGACACUAGACCUACCGGUCCCCUGGGUCAAUCUCCCUUCCCCGGGACAGCUGGUCCCCAGAGUGUGAACCGGACUCCCUUCCCCAGGGUGGGUGAGCCCCAGAGCAUGAACCCAGUCCCCUUCUCCAAAGCAGCUGGCCCCCUGGGGCCAAACCCAACUCCCUUCCCCACGCCAGCUGGCCCCAUGGCUGUGAACCCAGCUGUCCUCUUUCCUAAUGGGACAUUGUCAUCUCCCAUUAACAACACAGCCAGGCUGCGGUGGUGCUGAUUCUCUCCUGACCCCCUACCCUGGAGAGAAGAUCAAGAGUGCAGCCAUACUCCUGCCACCUGCCUUGCCAACAAACUAGGACCUAGCACAGUCUCAGCUUUUCCUAGAGCCUUGCUGGGUUCUGGACUCCAGGAGUUCGUAGGCCAGCAGCCCCUCGUCCUCCUAGAUGUGGUGGAGCACUGUGUUUGGGUGACGCACUCCUCAGGGAAUGCAGAUCUCAGGCCCAGCGACUCCAGCACUACCACCUUGCCUGCACAGCCGGGAAUCCAGGAGCCCCCAUCGCUGUCUGGCAGUAGUGCUCGGAACUGGAACAAUGAGCCACAGGAGCCUGUUCUGAAGCAGGCCCUUUGGUGUAACCCUGACCACGCAGCUGCUGCUGGAGACAGCAGGUGGCAUCACCUUUCCUGCUCAGUCAGGAGCCAACUGACCUUUUGUUCUGGGUUUGUGUUCCUUCUUCCUGCCCCUUGAAUAAAAGUGACAGCAGGGUCAGUGGGCCUGCACUGUCUCCUGUGUCAUCCCAGCGCCAUAGGAACAGCGACCCUGCCUCAGCCAGGAGGGACAGGGCCACGCUGGACACUGAACCCUCAUUACUGCAGCAUGGAGCAAACCCUUGGGAACUCUGCAGGGCAAGGCUGGGGCGGAAGUGGCCCUGCCUGUGUGCCAGGAGUGUAGGCUGAGGUGGCCCUGGGGGAGGCACUCAGUUACCAAGCCAGGCUCCUGGCAGAGCUGCUCUGGCCAGGGCUGGGGACUCAGUUCUAGGGCCAAGAAGGCAGCUGCCUCCCUCCCCUCCAAGAUACCCCCCAGCCUUCCUCUGUGCAAAUCUCUUUAUUAUGACAUCCAUUGCGAUAUAAAAACAGACCUUUUAAAAAAAUGAAAAAAUGCAGGUAAAAAAUAAAUAGAUUUACAAACAA